AUGCACUACUGUUUUCCCCUCGGCGAAGCUGGGAUUGUUCGAUAUCAUGCCGCCGCUGACUACCCGACGAAAUUCCACCUCCCGCCGCUACUGUCUGCUGCUCAUUCACGCACCUCGAGUUGCGCAUCAACGCCCAGCUUGUCCCCGCAAACACCACACCUGAUCCGGAGUUCUUCGAGCGACUCCCGAGGUUUCCAGACGCCCUCACCACUGACGCCAUCCUACCACGCCUUUGAUCGGCAGCUUCCACACGCGCACAAGUUGCAACAGCAACAGUCGUUUUGCGCGUACAAUUUCCCGCAACAGGUGAAGAUGGACGACCAGAAUGUGUCGAUGUACCCACCCAUUCCCGAUGCGACUAUUGCGAUGCCAUCUGCCUACCCCAUGCCGCCCCAGAUGACCCAUCAAAUGGUCCCGCAGCCCGUGCAACCAGUCGCAUAUCGGUCAUCAAAUUCACCCUCAUCAGAGCCUUCACGUGUCUCCAACCUCUCCGCAACGUCGAAUGCGAAGGCGCAACCAAAGAAAAACCAGUACCCGUGUCCACUCGCGAAGCAAGUCGGUUGCAGCGAUUUCUUCACCACUUCAGGCCAUGCCGCGCGACACGCCAAAAAGCACACAGGCAAGAAGGAUGCCUUCUGCCCGGAAUGCAACAAGGCCUUCACGCGCAAAGAUAACAUGGAGCAGCACCGACGGACACACCAAAGCGGUCGUGGUGGGUCGCGCUCCGCCACGACUACUGGUGUUGAUGCCGCUGCCAAGGUGAAGAAGCCUGCGAAACCAGUGACCAAGAAGACUGCUGUCAAGGCCGAGCAGCAGUUCGGCGCCGCUAUCGAGCAACAAUUAGCAGAAGCAGCUGGACAGGAGUCCUUGAAUGGGAUGCCGUUGGCGACGCAACCGCAAGGCAUCGUGAUACCACAACCCACGAUGCAGCAAGUCCUCGUCGACCAAGCGAUGAUGCUACCACCAUCUGGACCAUAUUUCCUCGGCAAUACUAUCGACACUGGCCCAAUCCCCUCUUUGCCCAUGGCGAUGCCAGAUCUGAAUGGGCGACCGCCGCUCAUGCGGAACAACUUCACGACUAGUCUGGAGUACGUACCACCUAUGGGUCCAAUAUUGUCCGACCCCGACGCCCUACAUUAUGCCUAUCCUUCACCUGGCUUGUCUAAUGGACUCAACAGUCUAGCUCUGGCAGCGAGCGAACACCGUCGAUGGUCAGAGGAGAAAUCCAUGUCUGGUAGCCCGAAAGAGUCGCCUUCGCAGGAGACUCCUUGA